AUGCUAUUUUUUGCGAGUUGUCAGUUUUAUGCGAAUCUUGGCUUGAACUAUAGCACUGUUCGAUCUAUGAAGGGAUCAAUAAUUCUGAAAAGUUCCACGAGUAAUGAUCAACAGUUUAUGUUGUGUCAAUUGUUGCGCCUCGUUUCCCCUGUUGGUGAUUGGGCAGCACCAUUAUUACAUUCAUAUAUCGGUCCUAGUUCAAUUGAUGAGCGUUUUAUCAUUGAUCAUUGCUUAGCUAUGCUCAGUAUAUUAUGUGCUCCCGUUCGUGCACGCGAGGAUUUCCUGGAACGAAUAAUUAAAAAUGAGAAUGAUGAUAAUUCUUGGGCCAUAAUCAGUGAUACUUUAGAUGAAGAUGAAGUUUCAGUGGUCACUAUUGGAGAAGAUGAUUUAAUCUCCUUUUUAAAUCAAUUUCCAAUAGAGUCAUUAUUGGCCAAAGCCAUCCAACAUUUUGUCGUUGCGAAAAAAUCUGAUCCUGUAGCUCAAACAAUUUCUCUUAUUGCGUUCGAACUUGUUCUUCUCAAAACCUUCAAUGAUGGGCUUCGGACAUAUGGUCGUCCUCAGUAUCGUCAAUUCUGCAAACGUAUUGGUCAUGCUAUGCGCCAAAGCAUCAAAUAUUUAUCAGGAUUUAUUAAGUCUGUACGACCUUCUUUAUCAGAAAAAGAUUGGUUGGUGAUUGAACGAGAAUUUGACCGGGUAGUUUUGCACGCUGUAUAUUAUAUUAUUGGGAAAAAAAGUCUUGGUUUAUGGCAAUUUCUGGUUGAUUUUCCAUACAAUUUAUUGAGCGAAAAGUGCAAAUUAAGAUGCCAACUUCUAUUACGACAAAAUUCAAUGACCAUAAAUGAUUUGUAUGAAAUUCCUCUUCAAAAUGUUAUUCGUUUAAUUCAGUCAGUUGAAAAUUGUUGUUUAUUAGAAAAAUUGUCCGAAAGAUUUGCGCUAAUGAAAACAAAGGAGGAUAAUACUUACAUGAUUAGUGUUUUGGCCGCCGUUGUGUCAUCAUCAGAAAUUGGAAUCGAUUCUUUUAUAAAUGAAAUAUUCCAGGUAUGUUUUCUCGAUGAAGUGACUCGUAACGAAUUUUAUAAAGUUGGUUCUGAAGCAAUCGGCAUACUUUUAGAUAGGAAGCCAGAUUUAAUCCAGAAAAUUUUACUUCUCAUUGAUCGAAAUUUGGAUAGAUUAGAUCAGCAUGCAGUUGAAGUCCUGUCUACUUCACCUUUGUCGAAGUGCAGGCUUUCUGAAGAUGAUAUUGGAACUAUUUGUGGGAAAUGGUUGAUUAAUAGAAAUCCAGACCAUCCUGGAUCUAGGAUUGCGAGACGGAUUUUGAGUUCGCUAAAUUGGGGAACUUUAGCGACUGGCGAAUUGUGGUUAAAUGCAUCCAUACAUUCAAUAUGUGCUGAAACAAUUGUGAAAGGACAUUUAGCUCAAUGUAAAAAUACAAAUAGCUUAAUAGCGAAAUCCAUUAAUAAAGUUGCUAAACUGGCUUCAAAGCUUCCUGACUACGAGCAACAGUUCAAUUUUUUCUGUUGGGAUAUUCUGUUCAGGCUCAAAUUGUCCCCUGAAAGUAUAGAAAUUCCACCAGUCAACGAUCUGAUGUCUUAUUUUUUGUAUAUUCUUCGGCACACUUUAUACAGUGCGAAUACUUUUUUGACGAAAGGUUUAUCACGUUGGAUUGAUCUGGUUACGGCAGGCUGUUAUUCAGCUGCAGGAAUUAUCCUGAUUCGAUUCAUUGUGAAUUGUCCCAGUGCAGUCGAUACAGUUUUGCAGAAUCCGAGUUUUGUUCAAAACUUGGAUAGAAUAUUGCAUUGUGAUGAACCAUCAUAUGCUAUGCAUUUGUUUUCAUUUUCUGGUGAUGGGUUUCCAGGGCCUUCUUUAAGGUUGUUGGGCUUUGCAAUAAUGCAUCAUCUUUCUGAAGAUUUCACCGAAAAGCAACUAGUAGCAUGGGUGAAACUUAUGUGUUACAAGAAAAUUCUUGAAUGGAAUAACGACAAAAGCAUCCUUUAUUUACUUGGCGUAAUUACUGAAAUUGUAUUUGCAACAAAUGAAGGCUAUUUUAAUUUAUUAAUUGAGCUUCUAAAGAACUUUUAUACGUCUUCAAUCCAGGAAUGGAAAAAUACUUCAAAAGGAGUACUAUCGUGGUUGAGUGGUGGUCAGAAUCCUCCAUCUUUGAUUGAAACAGGUUCUUUUCUUGUUUCUCCAUGGGCUACUUAUCUUUUGCUCCGAGUUGAGCAAAAAUGUUUUGAAACUUUUUAUGAUGCAUUAUACGCAUCUCUUCGUAAGUAUCAAAACUAUACGCUGGAACAGGCCGUUAAGGUUCUUUUGCAGAAAGCAGCAAUUAAAUCGCAUUUUCCCUUGUCGCUUUGUCAGCUACAUUUCUAUCGUUGGCUUGAAUUUUGUGUUACACGACCUGUUGAGCAACAUUUAGUGUUUCCUCUAGCAUGUCAGCAGUUAAUAAAUCAUAUUUUUCGCCAUAAUUAUCCUGGGGCAAGUGAAUGCUUUGGUGAUCGUUAUACAGCUUACGGUGAUUCGUUGAUCAAAAUACUAAUUUCUUCUGUUUUGCCCGAUGCAGAAAAUAAAUCUGAUUUGAAAAGUGCGAUCUUUUAUAAGGCCAUUUGUCAAUGGUUAUCUAACGCGAAAUUAUAUGAUAUUAAUUUUUGCGCGUAUAAAGAGAUUGUUCUUGGCGAUUUGUUUCUUGAAGCAACAUCCAGUGAUUUGGAUAGUAGUGCUUGGUUACAAUACAUAAAUAUGGGUAAUAUGCGCAAAAUUAUUGAUGAUGGAAAAAAAGCAUAUCAGCUCACUUGUCACAUUGGCUCAGCCGUUAGCAAUGCUUUACUUACAAAAAGGGAUGAUAAUAUUUUUGAAAUUGUGUCGCAGUCAUAUAUUUGCAACUCUGCUUUAAGGCCUCCAGUCGAACCAUCUUAUCUUUCAAUGCCAAAUGAUAUUCCCAGUCAUUUAUCAAAUAAUUUUGACAAUAAUGCCUAUAUUUUAAGUCUUUAUAGUCCAUUGCUAAAUAAAAUCAACGAAGCAGCCAGAGAAUUUAUAUCAACAAAAGAUGAGCUAGAAUUGCUGGAUGAUUUGUAUCUGAAUAAAUAUUCGCUUCUAUAUUCCGAAUAUACUUUAGAAAUUCCGGUAGUGCUGCGUUGUAGCAACACAUUUACUAAUAAAUGUUCUCACCCAGUCAAUAUCACUGCUACGGUUGUAUCGAAUAAACUUGAUACUGCAGUCCAAGCUAAGAUGGAUGUUAACCGGCAACAGAGAUCAAAUAAAUUGGCUGCUGUUGUAUCAAAAUUAUUGGAGCCUACAGCCAAUUACUGUGCUCGACUUGAGUCGAUUGUUAUGACUCUGAAUUGUAUGUUUAAAACAUUAGCUCCAGCUGUUGGUUCGCGAAUUGAGCGUUCUGGUUGCACUCUUUUUUUUUAUACUGCUUCAAAUAUUUCCUCACUAGAAAUGCUUUUUCCGGCUUCAUUAUCGACUUAUUCAUUCGCCUUAAGCAAACUUGGUGAAGCAUAUAUUGCUAACAGACCAAGUGAGCAAAAUGAUUUAAUGAAUUUGGCAUUGGAUAAAUCGCAUUUGGCUCAUCUUCUUGUAACUCAUUUUACUCCUCAGUGCGUACCUUCAUCCGAAUUACUGGAAUUGUAUUGUGCAUUGAAUCAUGCUGUGCGAAUUCCAUCAUCUUCAUCAACGGCAUUAGCAUUACUUUCUCAACUUGAUAUUCAAAACACGAGUGAUAGGCUUCCACCUGAUCAAUUUUCACGAUUAAUGCCUGUGGCUUUUGAGACAUUAGUUUCUUUGGAUGGUUCACCUUCGCCUCUUCUCGACUUAUGUGCGAAGCAUUUCAUUCAUUCACUUUUCUAUCAUUUUCCAGAUAAUUUUAUCGAUGGUUUUAAGAUUGUUUUAGGAGCUUGUAAUACGGGUAAAGUUCCAACUGCAAUUUUUGAAUCAAUUAUCUCUAAUUUGAGUGCAUUUACUAUCGAUCCACCAGAAACCAAAACUGAUUUUAUUCUCUCAGCAUCAACGGCGACUUCUUUAAAUUCUUUGCUUUCGUCACAAUUUAUGAAAUCUCGAAGAGAAUUGUCAACUCGUUUAUUUUCUUUUUGGUCCGUAUAUUUGCCUAAUCUUAUGGUUCUUGCUGAAUUUUCACUCUCUGUUUCAACAUUUUCAAGUUUUUCUUCAGAGCAGUCUGUUUCGCAAAUGGAAAGUGAUUUAAGGAAAGCUUUUGAAAAUUGUACAUUGAUAUUUGGUCCAUUAAUUGAACCAUUUGAUAGCGGUUUGCCUCCAUGGAAUCCAGCCGAUGCAGAUGGCGCCAACAAUGUCUUAAAACAUUUCAUUUCUUUCUUAAAUCGUUUACACUUGGCUUAUGAUGCCUUUCUUCCACCUGGAUCUGAAAAUCUUGAAACGCUUUUGUGGCAGUAUUAUGCUUUAAGAAUUGCUACUUUAAAGCAAGGUGGUCUUCAUGUACAUAAAUUAAUGGAGGCUCACCUUUUACGGAUGUCAUGGAACUUAUUUUGGCCAAAUCUUAGUGAUCUGUUAUUGAUGAAUAAUUUAUUAAAAGAAGGUGCUGUGGAAUGUGCGACAUUUAUAACUCAGAUUAUUGUGCGAAUUCCUUGGAUUCCAUUAACCAAUAAUCAAGUAAAGUGUAAAUUUAAUUAA